GCUGCUGUGGCUGGUGCUGUGGUGGCGGUGGUGGCGGAGGAGACGACGCAGCGCGAGUUACCGUCAGGCGCGCACCGCGGAUUCAUCAUCGUCCUGUUGCUGCUCGCUCGCUCGCUCCCCCCUCGUCUCUCGCCCUCUCAUCGCAACCUCGCGGGGGCACAGCUCCACGCCGACACCGCGCCAAGGACGAGCCGAGCAGAGCCGCCCUGAAGAAGCGGUAGGGGAGGGGGGGAGGCUUGGUUGAGGUGGAGGGAGAGAUGAACUUCUUGCGACGGACCUUCACCAGAGGUCCGGUCCGGCCACCGGGCCAGGGACCGGGCCACGGUCAGGGCCACGGCCACGGCCACGGGCAUGGACACGGGCACGGACAGGGCAAGGCCGGCCCCGUGGAGGCCGCGGCGCACAUCCCCGCGGCUGGGGACGCGAGGGACCCCAUCACCUGCCGCGUCUCGCUGCUCGACGGCUCCGACAUCACCGUGGAGCUGCCGAAAAAGGCGGUGGGCCAAGACCUCUUUGAUCAAGUGAUGUACCACCUGGACAUCCUGGAGGUCGACUACUUCGGCCUGCAAUUCAUGGACUCGGCACAAGUCUCCCACUGGCUGGAUCACACCAAGAACAUUCGGAAACAAGUAAAAAUCGGCCCUCCCUACUGCUUCCACAUGCGUGUCAAGUUCUACUCCUCGGAGCCGAACAACCUGCACGAGGAGCUCACCAGGUACCUGUUUGUUCUCCAGCUCAAGCAGGACAUUCUCUCUGGAAAGCUCGAAUGUCCCUUUGAAACGGCCGUGCAGUUGGCAACCUACAGUCUGCAGGCGGAGCUGGGAGACUGUGAUCCCGUGGAGCACACCCCUGCGUUGGUGUCAGAGUUUCGCUUCAUCCCGAGCCAGUCGGAGGAGAUGGAGGAAGCCAUCCUGGACAAGUGGAAGGAGUGCAGGGGACAGACACCUGCACAGGCUGAGCUGAAUUACCUGAACAAGGCAAAGUGGCUUGAAAUGUAUGGUGUGGACAUGCACUCUGUGAAGGGAAGGGAUGGCAAUGAAUACUCAUUGGGGCUCACACCCACUGGGGUUUUGGUGUUUGAGGGAGAAAACAAAAUUGGCCUCUUCUUCUGGCCCAAAAUUACGAGGUUGGACUUCAAGAGGACCAAGUUGACCUUGGUGGUCGUUGAGGAUGAUGAUCAGGCCAAGGAGCAGGAGCAUACCUUUGUCUUCAGACUCGACCACCCGAAGGCGUGCAAGCACCUGUGGAAGUGUGCGGUGGAGCAUCAUGCCUUCUUUCGAUUGCGAGGCCCCUCGAAGACUAACGCCGACCCCAGCAGCUUCAUCCGCAUGGGAUCGCGGUUUCGCUUCAGUGGACGGACAGAGUUCCAGGCAACAAAAGUGAGUAAGGCACGGAGAACAUCAUCGUUUGAGCGCAGGCCAAGCAAGCGCUACACCAGGAGAGCCUCUUUCCAGAAAGCAUCAGUUGGACAAAGGAAUUUGCCAUCACUAAGCCCCGAAAAGAACCGUAAUCAGCAUGCCCAGCAGCCCUGGAACCGCCCUGCCGUGCCCGUGGCAGCCCCCAUUCCCUCGGGACACAUACCCCUGGAGGUGGCACAGCUGCCUGCAAGCCCUGGGAGUCAUGCGGCUGAGAGGAGGCGUGUGCCGCCGUGCCCCUCGCCGGAGGUGCCCAUUGCGCCAGGGCUGGCGGUGGCGUCGACAGCGAGCAUUGGCCCGGCCGUGGACACGGGCGCCGUUGCGCCGAGGCUCUCCGUGUCGCCCACGGGAGGCGCCCAGCUGCUGCACUCGAGCCAGGGAAGCAAAGCCUCAUCUCCCCUGGCAAUGAAGGCUGAGGAGGAGGCACCCAAGGGAGCAGUGGUCAACACCAUCGUUACCGUGGAGGCCAAGGCUCUGUCUGGCCGCACCACGAAUUCCACGGUUCCCGAGGAGAGCCCCACGUGUUGCCCUCCGCCCUCUGUGCUGCGCGCUCUCUUGCCUCCAGCCAAACAGGCGCGCCAACCCGCGCUGCUCAGCCAUGCGGACGCCGUGAGCCGUGUGGAGCUGGAGCGGCCACAAACAGAAAGGCAGAGCGCGAUGCCUGCGCGAGACGCCAGCUGCCCCCACCUCGGCGCUUCACCGACUGCCGACUGCGCCAGCAGACACGUGCUUCCUAGUCAGCCUGGCACUUCACGUUCGACAGAGCCAGAUGUCUCUCCAACAAUUAAGCUGGACUUUGUGGACAAUGCUGCUCGCUCCUGUGAGCCUGCAGGUGCCGAGAGUGAGGGUGAGCAUCGCCUCUGCACGAGAGACUUCUCAAAGGGCCCCGACUUUGUGAUUACAACUGGGAAGAUGGCCGGCAGGUUGGACGAGGGCUUCAAGACGCCAGUGCAGCAUUACACCUUGAAGCAGCUCUCUGCUGCGCCACCCUCAAAAAGCAGGAUUGAACACGAUCACUGCAUGACAGUUCCCUUGAAGAUGCCAUAUGCCGGGUGCCAAUCCAGCCAGGACGCCACCGGUCCUGUCUCGCAUCAAAAGGCUGCUGUGCCGAGUGAGGCAACAGAAUUCGGCGGAGAUUUGGUCACCACGCGCAAGGAUCACCCUGGUGCGAGCUUUCCUGCGGCUGAUGCGGAAAGUUACGGGAUGCGCUACGCCACCACCGAGCCUCGGCCGUUUAACUUUCCCGCCUACAAGUACAGCCCCGGCGAGCAGUCUGAAACUCCAGCCUGCCGACUCGCUCCCAGCACUGAUUGUCCGCCUGUAACUAACGUGGAAGGUGAAGGCGCCAAUUUGGGAGUGCCACCCUCAUCGCGACUCUGGGGGAUUUCGGAUGCACGGCUCUCCACAGACCUCGCCGAGCCUCGCGACGGAUCCACCAUCGCCAGCGACGGGGUGUCCUGGCAAAGAACUGGAGCAGCAAAAGCAGUUAAACCAAGGAGAGUAAUGAUGACAGAACUUUAGGCCAUGCUUCUGGAAAAUUUAAACUCUCCGUGCUAACACUUUACACCAUCAACCAUUUGUUUUUUUUCCCACACAAUCCGUGAUUAAUGUCGUCCAUUUUCUUGCAGUGUGACGAAAAUGUUUAAUUAUGCACAUUAUAUUAUCUGCUGUGUUGUGUUAAUAAGAUCAGCCAUGGUACAGUUGGUAGUAUGUUCACACCCAAAUGAGUAUUGCUAGAGUACUUGCGCUGUAAUCAGCGUAGUAUGUGCACAGUGGUAGGUGUUCGGAAUGAAUAACCUUGCAAUUCCACUCAUUAGGGACUCUUCUUCAUAAGCACACGCGUGUCGUGGACACACCUGCGAAACUGCCUCUGUCGCUGAACAUUUACCUUGCCUUACUUUUGCAGAGCUCACACAAACUGUAUGCAGGGAUCACGUCUGCAGUGAGAGGUUUUUGUCCUCUAUGAGACAUCUCCUUUACCAGUGGCAAAAUAUAGUAAUAGGUUUUUACCCUUUCAAACUGGUACAAAAACUGAUACCUUUAUACAAGGGAUCAUGUUUGCAAUAACCACAACACAAGCAGUCAAAAUGCAAACAAAAAGAAACAACUCUGAUAAUGAUAAUGAUAUGCACUGUCCUUGAAGUUGAUUGGUCCACACCCGAGACAGCUUUUCUUAUAGCCUAGUCUCCAUUGGUGUUGGACCAGAUGACGCCUUUUGGCAUUUUGACUGCUUGUGUUGUGGUUAUUGCAAACAUGAUCCCUUGUAUAAAGAUAUCAAUUUUUGUACCAGUUGAAAGGGUAAAAACCUAUUACUAUAGGUUUUUGUCCGCCAGUUUGGUCAUCUUUUCAACGUAAGACUUAAAGACAGACAAGACAUCGUAUUCAUGCAUUCACCAGACAUCUGCCCAGACGAUGGCAAUGAACAAUUAUGCUUAUCCACGCUAUCUCUGCUAUGCCAUGCUCUCCUAAAGGCACGCUGAUGCACUUUGCAUCAAUCCACGCGUGUGGAUACCCCACCUGUGAGUUAGUGGCCAAGCCUUCCUGUGAGGGAUGCUUCUUGGUAAGAGAUGGGAGGCCCGCCAUGAUUUGCUAUCCUAUCACGAUUGGCUCGAGCUCCAAUGCGAUGAGAUGGACAUUUCAGGCAAAUUGCACCUAACUGGAAUCGACUGGUAUGGUGACACGCACCUGUAAUACAGCAUGUACGUAUGUACGUUGAACUUAGUUUGCACCGUACGUAGCCAACCAUACGUAGCCAACCGUGCUAAUCGGAUGUGCAGGGGAAGGACAAAAAAAUAAACAAAAAACUGUUCUAAAGAAAUUAGUUUUAAAUCUAGAUUUAAAAGUGCAUAGCUCCUAAUAUUGUAAGAGCGUUCCAGAUGGUCACAGAAGCGCAUCUGAAAGGGUGCGAAGCAGUGACCGCAUUUGUUCGAUGGCUAAAAGCAAAUCUGAAGGUCGGGUUGGUUGAUCAUGCAGCAAUAAAAUGUGUCAGUUUAACACGUAGGCUUUCGCGACCAAUGUUAUUCAUAAUCAACGCGAUCUAAACCCAAAAACGUUGAUUAUGAAUCAAAUGUGUGUUAGUGUGGUGCCUGUAUGAUACAGUACAGCAGCUAGGUUGCUGACCUGUCUCGUCAGCUUUAGUGCCGUGCAAGGUGCACGUGUGAAUUCUCUCCUGGGCACCCACGUGCAAAAUUACACGAAUAAAAAUUGGCCAAACAUCCUCGUCAGGGACUGUCGCUGAAAGAGCCUUGAAAUUCAGUGAAACUUCCUGGACACAUUUAAUUACAAAUUGUUAUCUAUGCUUAAACAACAUUCACAAUGAACAGGCUGUCCCUGUUGAGACAUUAACAGGUACAAAAAAAGGUGUGGCAUUGGAGGGGGGGGGGGGGCUCCCCAAAGGGAGGUUAUGUUUACUGUAAUCUUUCAUGCAAAAAGGGUUGUUUAUGAAUUUACGUAACCACACAUACGUUUAAUGUUAUGACAAGAUUCACAAAACGAUGUAGUUUUGGUGACCUGUAUUUUAAUCAUUGUGCACCUCAAAAAAACAUCCUUUUAGAUUUGAUAAACAAGCACUUAUCCGUGAAGUGUCUCGUGGGUUAACAAUGAUCGUACAUGUUCUGUUUCUGGUUCGUAGGCUAUGCUGUAGAACGGUCACUAAAACACGACGUGUCAUUUCAUUGAUGUAAAGUGGUAUUUAGAUGUAAGUUAUUUAGAUGUACAGUAUACAUGAAUAUUGCCGUUUGUAUGUAGAAUUUCAUGUUCGUUGCAUCACUUAUUUCGUAGCCAUAUAUUGUACCUUUUCAUACUGUUGGUAAUCACGCGGAUGUUAUUGAUGUCACAUUGCCGCAGAGAUAAUGUA